AUGGAUAUAUUAUUUGGGAAGAGUAAAAAAAAUAAAAACGUUAAUAACUUAAAGGUAAUCGUUAAACCUAAUAAGGGUUUAAAACAACGGAGAAAAAGUUUAGAGAGCCCCAUUGAUGUUAUAUAUUCUAAAUGUUGUUGUUGUGGUACAAAUAUUCCAAUGAAACCUGACCUUUCUAAAUUUAAAUGUGGUGUUUGUCAUGUCACUACAAUUCUAAAACAAAUUGAAACAAUAGAUACCAAUAUUAUUGAUAAAGAUCUCGUUUGCUCAGUUAGUUAUUUAGAUAGUAUUAUAAAAGGAUGUUUAUCAAAAGUGAAAACGCAAAAUUCAAAUGAUAAAAAUGAAAAAUAUAAAGCAUUAGAACCAAUAUCGAGAUAUGUAAGUGAUUGUUUCCACAGUUAUGAAGUAUUAGAACGUUCUUUCUUACCUAAAUCUAAAUCACAAAGCCAUACAUUGAUUGAUUAUCAAGAAUUAGAAAAUUUUUAUAAAUUAUUAAUGAAAUUACCAACUAGAAGACCAUUUUAUAGAAUGCUAUGUGCUUGUAAUGAUUUAUUGAAGAAACCUGGUAAUGCGCUUAAACAUAUUAGAUGGUUAUUAAUAAUAUGGGAAAUUCCAUUUGUAAGAUAUUGUUUAACAUCAAAAGUAUAUUCAAAAUUUGAUUCACCGGAGAUUAGAGCAGUUGCAUAUGAAUUAACUAAACGAUGUAUUUGUUACUUAUCAAAUAUUUCGAAAACUGAUAAAUAUGCGGAAUAUAUUUACUGUUUAAAAUAUAUGGAUUCUGAUAUUUUCUUAUCAAAUAUCGAAAAGAUCAAUUUAUACAUUACUUAUCAAUUGACCAGAAUAAUGUACCGAGCAAUUAAUAAAAACAUAGUGAAGGAUAAGAAAAAUGAUAAUCUCUUAAACAAUAGCAGCAGUAAUAAUAGUAAUAGUAAUAAUAAUAAUAAUAAUUUCGAAACAAGUAAUGAUAUAAUAAGAAAUUCAGAGUUCGGUAAUAAUAAUAAUCCAAAUAAUGAUCCGACAGAUUUAUCACCGGCAUCAGAUCCAUUGAUAGAAGAUUUAUGGAAUAUAACUCCAGAGGAUAUAAAGACUAUUGAAAUAGAUAGAGGUGGAAAAACACUUAGACCUAAAGGAUUUAAGUUUAAGACCUCUCAAUACGAGCAUAAUUGGCAUAUACAAUCUGCAUGUAAAUUAAUGUUGAUUAUGGAUCUCGCAAAUUCAAAGAGAGGUGGAAACCCGAUUGAAAACUAUAAUAAUAUCUCAAUGAAUGCUAGUAAAUUUUACAACACUAUGCUCGAUUUCCUUGAUAAUAAGCAAGAUUUUGAAGUAUGGAGAGGUUUGGAUGUCGGUAAUAGGUUAUCAUUGUUAUUAACCGAAUGGAGUGCACCACAAAAUCAAAACAACAGUACCAGAUUCUCUUUCUGUAAUUAUCCUUUCUUGUUAUCCCUUGGUGUUAAAAUAUCCAUUAUGGAAUAUGAAACUAAACGAAUAAUGGAAUAUCAGGCUGAAAAGGCAUUUUUGAGUUCUUUGGAUAAGGGUAAGACAAUAGAAGUUUACUUUAAAAUUAAAAUAAGGAGAGACCAUAUAACGCAUGAUUCCUUGAAAGCCAUUAAAGAACAUCAGGGUGAUCUUUUGAAGUCAUUGAGAAUUGAAUUUAUUAAUGAACCUGGCAUUGACGCAGGUGGUUUAAGGAAAGAAUGGUUUAUUUUACUGACAAAAUCAUUGUUCAAUCCAGCAACUGGUUUGUUUGAUCACAUUAAAGACAGUCGAUUAUGCUGGUUUCCAAUAAACUCUUCGUCAAAGACAGACGACAAGAAUCACUCGCAGGAAGAAUAUUACUAUCUCUUAGGUGUUGUCAUUGGGUUGGCAAUGUUUAACGGGAACAUAUUGGACUUAAAAUUCCCAAAAGCACUUUAUAGAAAGAUGUGCAAAGAAACACUAACAUUUGCUGACUAUGCAGAAUUGUAUCCUGAAACUGCAUCAAAUUUAAUAAAAAUGUUACAAUAUACAGGGGAUGAUUUUAGCAACAUAUUCUGUUUGUCCUUCGAAGUCUCCUAUAAUUCUAAUGUAGAGGUCAAUGAAAAAAGUAAAAAAUCAAAGAAAUCUAACAUAGUCACUGUUGAACUUUGUGAAAAUGGUUCAAAUAUUCCUGUAACUCAAGAAAACAAAGUUAAUUAUGUGAAAACGUGGAUUGAUUUUUAUUUAACUAAAUCUGUCGCUACAUCUUUUGAUCGCUUUAUGGAUGGGUUUAAUAGAGUAUUUUCCAAUUGCAAAUCUAUAGGAUUAUUUAAUUCAGAAGAAUUAGAACGUUUGUUGUGUGGAGAUGAAGAGCACACAAAAUAUGAUUUCCAGAUGUUACGUUCAGUAACAAGGUAUCAAGGUGGGUUUACAAAUUAUACUCCCGUUGUUGGAUGGUUUUGGGAGAUACUCGAAAACUGGGAUUAUAAAUUACAGGGCAGAGUAUUACAAUUUAUUACGAGCUCCAACAGAGUACCGGCAACAGGGAUUUCAACGCUAACAUUCAAGAUAAGUAGAUUAGGUGCUAAAGACAGUGAGGAUUUACCAAUAGCCCAUACUUGUUUUAAUGAGCUCUGUCUAUGGGAAUACAGUUCUAAAUUGAAGUUAGAACAAAAAUUAAAGGUAGCUGUGACUGAAUCGGAGGGAUUUGGUUUCCGCUAA